GCCACGGGAGGCUGAGCGAGCGAGAGGGCGAGAGAGCGAGAGAGAGAGAGAGAGCGAGAGAGCGAGCGCGCACCCUCCGGGAGCCGCCUGCGCCUCCCCGCGGCCCGGGGCGCACGUGCCUGGGCCAGGGCCAAGGCCAGCGGCCACUCCGUAGUAGCCGGGGCGGGUGGGGAGCGACUGGCUCCGGGCCGCGGCCGUCGCCCGCCCGCCCGCCGGCUCCCGUGGUUGGGCGGAGGAAGCGCGGGACUCCUCCUCCUCCCCGCCGUAUUAACAGGCACCCAGGGGCGGGUGACCGGCCCAGCCUCGCCGCCCCUGCCCGCUGCUGCGUCCCGGCGCUCAGUCUCCGCGCCAGAGGCGAGCCUUGCGCCCUGGGCGCCGCCGCAAUCGAGAGGACGCGGCCUCGCAGACACCUUCCUCCGGCGGGGAGCGGCCGGAGCGGCAGCGCCUGGCUGGGCGCCUUCCCGUCACCUCGCUGAGGGGCGUCCCCGGCCGCGGGACCACCGUUCCGGCCCGAGCUCCGAGGUUCGUAGGACGGUCGGACGGACAGACGGACAGACGCCACCAGCGAGUUCCGGACUGGAACUGCGGGCAGCGGCAAGAAACAGUGAGUGGUACUGCUGGACCACUUCUAGUGACAACAGUUCAUACCUUUUCCUGGGACACUUUCUUCAGAAGACCAGCACACGUCCAGUUUGCUCGGCUAUCCUCCGAAAUUAACAGGGUUCUUCUAGAGUGGACAUCUUUAGUCUCAACAAGACUGAGCAGUUGAGCAUCACAUACCAGGAGUGACGCCCGCAUACCAAUAUCAGCGGCGGCGGCAACUUGAAGCUUGUACACCUCCUUCUGGGUUGGAAGCAAGAGAAAUGAAAGCGUGAUCGUCAAAGGUUACAUCUGCUCUGGGACGUGCUGAAUGUCACUCGAAGGUCCCUGUGCCUGCUUCAGAGAACUCCUGUUGAAUGACAAGGACGCUGAGCACAGUUUUUUCCCAAGACGGGUCUGGAACUUAACGGGGUUCCCAUGACCCCUGCGAUUGCUUCCGGUCAGCAAUGAAAGGGUUAUCGGGUAGCCGCAGCCACCACCACGGGAUCACCUGCGAGUCGGCCUGUGACUCACUGGCACACCACUCGGACCACAAGCCCUACUUGCUGAGCCCCGUGGACCACCACCCAGCGGACCAUCCUUACUACACCCAGCGGAAUUCCUUCCAGGCCGAGUGUGUGGGGCCCUUCAGCGACCCGCUGGCCAGCAGCACGUUCCCACGCAGGCACUACACCUCGCAACAGGAGCUGAAGGACGAGAGUGCCCUGGUGCCACGCACACUGGCCACCAAGGCCAAUCGCAUCCCGGCCAACCUGUUAGAUCAAUUUGAAAGGCAGCUGCCCCUCAGCCGGGAUGGUUACCACACACUCCAGUACAAGCGCACCGCUGUGGAGCAUCGUAGCGAUAGCCCAGGCCGCAUCCGCCACCUGGUCCACUCGGUCCAGAAGCUCUUCACCAAGUCGCAUUCCCUGGAGGGGCCGUCCAAAGGGAGCGUCAAUGGAGGCAAAGCCAGCCCCGACGAGUCGCAAACUGUGAGAUACGGCAAGCGAAGCAAGAGCAAGGAGAGGCGGUCAGAGUCCAAAGCCAGAUCCAAUGCCUCCAACGCUUCCCCAACCUCUCCCAGCUGGUGGAGCUCAGAUGACAACCUGGAUGGCGACAUGUGCCUCUACCACACGCCCUCGGGUGUGAUGACCAUGGGCAGGUGCCCCGACCGCUCGGCUUCGCAGUACUUCAUGGAAGCCUACAACACCAUCAGCGAGCAGGCGGUGAAGGCCUCCCGGAGUAACAAUGAUGUCAAGUGCUCCUGUGCUAACCUGCCGGUAGUCAGUCUGGAUGCCCCGCUUCUGAAGAAGAGUGCCUGGUCCUCCACUCUCACCGUGAGCAGAGCCCGAGAGGUUUACCAGAAAGCCUCGGUGAAUAUGGACCAGGCCAUGGUGAAGUCUGAAGCUUGCCAACAGGAGCGGUCCUGCCAGUACCUACAGGUUCCCCAAGAUGAAUGGACAGGGUACACACCUCGUGGGAAAGAUGAUGAGAUUCCGUGCCGAAGGAUGCGAAGUGGCAGCUACAUCAAAGCCAUGGGGGAUGAGGACAGCGGAGACUCAGACACGAGCCCCAAGCCUUCUCCCAAAGUGGCUGCGCGGAGAGAAAGCUAUCUCAAGGCUACACAGCCCUCCCUCACGGAGCUCACCACACUCAAGAUCUCCAAUGAACACUCACCCAAACUCCAGAUCCGGAGUCACAGUUACCUGAGGGCCGUGAGUGAAGUCUCCAUCAACAGAAGCCUGGACAGCCUGGACCCUGCAGGCUUGCUCACAUCGCCAAAGUUCCGCUCCAGAAAUGAGAGCUACAUGCGCGCCAUGAGCACCAUCAGCCAGGUGAGCGAGAUGGAGGUGAACGGACAGUUCGAGUCCGUGUGUGAGUCUGUGUUCAGCGAGCUGGAGUCGCAGGCUGUGGAAGCUCUCGACCUGCCUAUGCCUGGCUGCUUCCGCAUGCGGAGCCACAGCUACGUGCGGGCCAUCGAGAAGGGCUGCUCCCAGGACGACGAGUGCGUCUCACUGAGGUCGUCCUCCCCUCCCCGCACCACCACCACAGUGAGGACCAUCCAGAGCAGCACCGGUGUCAUAAAACUGAGUUCUGCCGUUGAAGUGUCAUCUUGCAUUACAACAUAUAAGAAGACACCACCUCCAGUCCCACCCAGAGCCACCACGAAACCCUUCAUUUCUAUCACAGCUCAGAGUAGUACAGAGUCUGCGCAGGACGCCUACAUGGACGGACAGGGCCAGCGCGGAGACAUGAUCAGCCAGUCUGGCCUCAGCAACUCCACCGAAAGCCUGGACAGUAUGAAGGCUCUGACGGCCGCCAUCGAGGCCGCAAAUGCCCAGAUCCACGGCCCAGCGAGUCAGCACAUGGGCAAUAAUGCCGCCGCUGCCACCACCGCCACCACCAUAGCCACUGUCGCCACCGAGGACAGGAAGAAAGACUUCAAGAAAAACCGAUGCCUCUCUAUCGGGAUACAGGUGGAUGAUGCUGACGAGCCUGAGAAGCCAGGGGAGAAUAAGGCGCCCAGUAAGUUCCAGUCCGUGGGAGUGCAAGUCGAAGAGGAGAAGUGCUUCCGCAGGUUCACUCGGUCCAACAGUGUGACCACCGCAGUGCAGGCUGACCUGGACUUCCAUGACAAUCUGGAAAAUUCUCUGGAAUCUAUAGAGGACAAUUCGUGUCCCGGCCCGAUGGCCAGGCAGUUCUCCCGGGACGCCAGCACCUCCACGGUCAGCAUCCAGGGUUCAGGAAACCAUUACCACGCCUGCGCGGCCGACGAUGACUUUGACACGGAUUUUGACCCCUCCAUCCUGCCUCCUCCGGACCCCUGGAUUGACUCUAUCACAGAAGACCCUCUGGAGGCCGUUCAAAGGUCCGUGUGCCACCGGGAUGGCCACUGGUUCCUGAAGCUUCUCCAGGCAGAGCGGGACCGCAUGGAAGGCUGGUGCCAGCAGAUGGAGAGGGAAGAGCGGGAAAACAACCUCCCCGAGGACAUUCUAGGGAAAAUCCGAACCGCGGUGGGCAGCGCCCAACUUCUCAUGGCGCAGAAAUUCUACCAGUUCAGAGAGCUGUGUGAAGAGAACCUGAAUCCCAAUGCGCAUCCAAGACCCACUUCCCAGGAUUUGGCGGGGUUUUGGGACAUGCUGCAGUUGUCCAUAGAAAAUAUUAGUAUGAAAUUUGACGAACUUCAUCAGUUAAAGGCCAAUAACUGGAAACAGAUGGAUCCUCUUGACAAGAAGUUAUCCCACAACGAAGAUUACAAAUGCCCCGAAGAAGUGAUGCAAAGAAAUCGUUACAUGUGGUUUAUUGGAGCGAAGGGCCCCUCCUCCAGUGCCAAAGAAGCCGGCGAAGGGCCCCGCGCCGCUGAUCCGGGAGCGCUCGCUGGAGAGCUCGCAGCGCCAGGAGGCCCGCAAGCGCCUGAUGGCUGCCAAGCGCGCCGCGUCGGUCCGCCAGAACUCGGCCACCGAGAGCGCGGAGAGCAUCGAGAUCUACAUCCCCGAGGCGCAGACCCGGCUCUGAGCGCCGCAGAGGACCUUCCCGCCGCCCUGCCCUCGGCCGCCUCCCCGUUCCCCUCUCCGUCUCUGAGCUCAGUGACCGCCACCGUCCUGGCGCCCCGCUUCCUGGACCGCUUGGCCCAUCUUCUCCACCGAGCUUCGCGCCCCUGUCCUGAAGCCUCGUGCAGACAUCCAAACCCUUUCUUUUCUGGAACAAGCAAAGCCACCUGUGUAGAAAAGGACACCUUGUAGGUCACUCACCUUCCUCAGUUCUUUCAAACUAGUGUGUCCCUAGAACUCAGCAAUAUAAAACCAUAGGGUAUUUCAGAAACCCGGUAUCACACAGGGUGAUCCUCUGAGACUUAACCGUCUUCCACGUGAAAGAAACGAGGGCUCGCGUCCCUUUAUUUGCCCCCCCCCCAAACAGUUAUUUUUACAAGCAGGCAGAGCGCUUUAUUUCUAACAUCAGAAAUCACACCGUCUUGUCGGAACCCAUGGUGACCGAGAGAGAGGGACCAAAGCUGACCUGGGGUUGGGGGCCUGGGUGUUAGAGAAGGGUAAAGUGUGUACCUUUGCAGCUGUACAAACUGCCUCUCUGGUACUUCAUUCAAACCGCUUCAGACGUUUCAAUCAGCAGAAGAUUGUAAAUUCAAUCUUUCAGGGAAAUUAUUCUGAAAGGCAAUAAAAUGAAGAAAGUUAAGGCAAAGGAAGGUUUAAGAUCCUAUAUAAGGAAUCUAUUUAUUUCUCUUAUUAUUAAGAAAAUUUAGACCUGAAAUGUUUUCUCAACUUUUCUUGUACUCUGUGUAUUAUAAUGUCAUGGCCGUGGUUUUUUAAAUGGGGGGGGAGGGGGAGAAAGAGUUGGUUCAGGUAGUUUAGCGUCCAUCCGCGUGGGCUCACUUAAGAUUUCACACACACACACACACACACACACACACACACACACACACACACGUAAGAACACUUCUGCUUCCAAAAGACGGCCAGGUCAUUUCCAGAGAAGAGUUCCGGUUCCCUGCCACCCCUUCGAAGGCUACAUACAUAUCUGUCUAGUUUAGCCCAGCGCGUCAUAUUUCGGGGCUCUCCCCUCGCUCCCGUACAGGGUUCACGUGUUCCCAGCACAGGGUUUCCUCCUCUAGCAAAUGAAUAAACUUAAAAAGGUUGUCUACCCCAGUUGCCAUGCCGCCCCAUUCCAAAGAGCUACAACCAUCAUGAUCCCGAAGUUCCAGGUAGAGAGAAGUCUUUCGAUGCGCAGGGACCAAGAGCUGUAAGGAGCAAGGGAAGUCGGCGCUCGUAAACGCUGAUAGACAAAUCCGUGCUUUGGGUUGGAUUCCAGACUUUCUCUUGGCUUGCAGGUUAGUCGUGGUGGAUGGCUGUGAGCACUGGCCUCCUGCUGACGUCUUCAAACGCCCUUACUUGUAGCCGUUUAAACAUUCAGAAUGUGGCGAUCUGAAAGGGUCAGCCACAUACUAUGUAUGUCAAGCUUGCAACCUAAAGAAUUAGAAAUUUUGCCAUUGGAAAAAAUGGAAGUCUUAAAAGAAACAAACAAAACGCUUGCACCAGAGACGCUUAAAAAACAUACACUCUCAUAGCCAGGUGCUAAUUUAAUUUUCUUUACAAACUUCAGAGAAGCGGUGGGUCUGGCAAGCACUAUUUUCAGACACACUCUUAAAACCACUAGAGGAUUCGCUACCUCUCAGAGCCCUUGGUGCUCUGAGCUGCCUUUACUAACAGGGCACAAAUGUUCGCUCCCUGCUGUGGUUUACAAGAAAAGGGCUACUAACUUAUUAACAAAAACAACAACAGAACAACUUUUAACUAUGGCAGACAAAGUCAGCGCUUUCUCAACUGGAGCAGAGAUCCGUAGGGUUCAAGAAUUUGCUAGUUAAAAAAAAAAAAAAAAAAAAAAGACACUUUCUCUUUACAUACCAUGGGAAGUGCGCAGGAGUAAGGCCAACUGUCACCUUGGGUAGCCCGUGGUCACACUCCCCGGAGAAAGACUGGAAUUCACCGGAAGCAGCCAUUCUAGACCCACUGUCAGGACUACAGCUCCCUGCCCUGAGGUAGAUAGAGUUCAGGUUCUAACGUGAUUCCCAGAUACUCCUGCAGGGUUUUCUUUGGAAACUGAUUUGGCCCAGGCUGUUUUAAAGAGGGACGAGAGAAGGCCUAGCUAUCUUGUCUAAGUGAGUGGCUUUUGUAUAUUCAUAAGCUAUUUUUUGGUAAGAAUUUUAAAUCUUUUAGCUGAACGCCUGCAGGGCAUCACAACCUUUGCCUUCCUGAAAAACACAGUUUAAUCUGUACAAACACUUUAUAAAAAAAAAAAAAAAGCUAAUUAUUGACAUUAGGACCUGACCCCCACACAAUACAGCUUGUUAUCCACUGGACCCGGAAACUGACAUCUUGUGAGCAUCACCUCUGUUGCAAUAUUCUUUUUGAUGUAAUUUGUAGAGAUGUUUUUUAGUUCAUAAUGAACAGCGGAUGUACCCUGAAAAAUUACUUAUUUUGUUUAACUUUGGUAUAAAGGUGUUGGGCAUUUUCUUGGGGCGGGUGGGGGGUGAUUACAAAAGAAAUUUUUCUCCCUCAUCAAAAACAAAACAAAAAAAAUACGUUCAAAGAAAUUAAGUAUUUAUUAUAUUUUUUGCAGAUGUUUCCAUACAAUUCACAUAACCUUUUUGUAAAGAGAGAUGAAGAAAUGGAUUAAAGAUUUUUAAUAUUUGAAAUGGUAAAUAGAGCUAAUUUAUUUGUAAUAUAUUUCUGUUAUUUAUAGAUGUUCCCUUAAUGUUUUCCUGUGCAGUAUGCUUUCAUUUAAGCCUUAUCCUUGUGAAUUUACCGUUUCUUUUUUUAAGAACAUGUCUAGAUGCAUAUUUUAAAUAACUGGAUGUAAAUCAUUAGCAUAUCUGAAUUCCCUAAUGUAAUUUUUAAAAAUUAUUUUGGUUUGGGGAAAAAAAAGAUUCAUUUGAAAGCCUUCAGAUGGAGGGGUGGGAAAGAUUUUUAUGGCUUUCUGAAUUGGAAUUUCAUAGGCUUAUUUACCUAGAUUGUGUGUGGACAAAUAAAAAAAAACCCAACAAUCUGUAAAUACAUGAAUGUUUCCCAUAAUGUAAAAAGAAGGAAUUAAUAAAAUAAUCAAUGCACCGCU